AUGGGGGGGGAUUUGACGGACUUGCGGUGGGUAUUGGGGCGGCGGAUGUUGCCGGAAAGGGAGGAGGAAGAGGUGGAGGAGUUGUCGGAUUCGGAGGAUUGGGGUUUGAGGGAGAGGGAGAGGGAGAGAGCGCAUGUGGAGGCGGAGGAGCUGGCGGCCGCGUGGUGUUUUCCGUCGAGGAUGGAGGCGGAGAAGGGUGUGAAGGCGAGAAAGAAGAUAUCCAUUACCAGCUUCAGAGUUCAGAGUGAACCGAAUUUUGACUCCAAAAGUAGUGGUGGCACCAUGCGGGUUGAAUUCAACUUGGAUCUGUGGACCGAAGAUCCGGCUAAGAAAAUAAAUUUAAAGAAGAGGAUCUACCCAUCGCCACCGCCGCCUCGCCGAAGUGUCCGCUGCUCUCGCCGUCGCCGCUCGCCUCUCUUACCGCUGCAUCCUCCGCUCUGGCCGCCGGCCGCCGCUGCAUCUCCGCUCUCGCCGCCGACCGCCGCUGCAUCCUCCGCUCUGGUCAAGGAGAUAUUGCCAAAGAAAAGCACUCCGGAGAUGAGAAUUUUUCAGCGUUUUAAAUCUCAAUUUUUUGCUGUUUCAAGCACCGCAACAUUGAAAAAUGUAACAGACAGAUCAAAUAUGAAGGUUUACCUUAGCUCCAGAAUCUUUUCGACGAAGCCUGGUGGGGGUGCACACCAAGAAGGUAAAUGGGGAAAUGAAACUGACGGUGCUAAAACUACUGAUGAUGAUUUGGGUUGGGAUGUUGCCUCAUCAUGGUCAACUGGGUUAACCAAGGAGCAUUUUGAUGGCGAGGUGGUUGGUCAUCAGAUCACCCCUGGGGGUGCUAGAGAAUCUGUCUUGCCUCAGUCUGCAUCCACAACUUCAAAAGAAAAUGACUAUUUGAAGGCAUUGGAAGAAGAGAACCGCAAAAGCAAAGGCUUUGUUGAUGGAUGGGGUGAGAGGAUGCGGGAAAUGAGUGUGUUGCUGAAGCAGGUGAGGGAGCCAGGAGCAAGGGGUUCAUAUCUGAAGGACUCUGAGAAGGCAGAAAUGUACCGGCUUCACAAGGAGAACCCAGAGGUUUAUACAAUUGAGAGGUUAGCUCGAGAUUACAGGAUUAUGAGGCAGCGGGUGCAUGCCAUUCUGUGGCUGAAAGAGCUCGAGGAGGAAGAAGAAAAAAAGCUUGGGCGUCCUCUGGAUGACUCUGUUGAGCUCUUGCUAGACUCUUGUCCCGAAUUUUUCAAGUCCCAUGACAGAGAAUUUCACGUAGCAUCUCUUCCCUACAGACCAGAUUUCAAGGUAAUGCCUGAGGGUUGGGAUGGCACCACAAGGGACCCUGACGAAGUCCACUAUGAGAUAUCAAUGAAGGAAGACGAGAUGUUGUAUCAGGAUUUCGUCCAACGGAUGAACUUCAACAAAAUGAAGAUGAAAGGAGAGGUGAAGUGCCAUAAGUACAGCCGGAGACGCCCUGAUGAGGGUUGGAAUAUCAUGGUCGAGAAACUGGGGCCACGAGGAAAGCGUGGAAAUGGCGGCGGGUGGAAGUUCAUGAGCGCACCUGACGGAUCUAGCAGGCCUUUGGAUGAAACCGAGAAAAUGUAUGUGAGGCGAGAGACUCCACGCAGGCGGCGCAAGAUUCUUCCGUGACGUGGAGACAGCCACCGGCGCUUGCUGGUUUAUGUUCUUCACCUGUUUUAACAGUUCCAGAUGGUCGGAGUUCAUACUCUUGGGUCUUUGUCAGCUUGACAGUUCUUUUGGAUCACAGUGGUUUUGUAUUUUCAUAAUCUUUUGGGGGGGGGGGGGGUAUGUAUUU